AUGGAUAACAUGACUUUGAAAGAAAUCCAAAGCAAACUUUUGCUAUGGGAAACAUCUGAUAAUCCACUAGCACCUUUAACGUCAAGUCAAAGAGAAGCAAUUCUUGAUUUGGAAUCACUGAUUCUUGGUAUAAAUAAUGAAACAGUUGAGGACAUCAAAGAAUUUUCUCCUAAACAAGAGGAACAAACAUGUACAGCAAUACCGACAGUUGACAAAACAAUUGACUUUUUAGAUUGGUAUGAUCACUUAUACGAAAAUAGCGUAAAAGCUGCUGAUGCUCCAUAUGAGGAGUAUUACAAACAAUUGGAAGAGAGGAGAGAUGAAUGUAUAUCUUUAACCAAUCAGAUUACAGGAACUAUGGCAGACUUAAAUAAAUUAAAAGAAGAGUACACUCUUGUAUCAGACAAAACUAAUGCUCUCCACACAAUGAGUGAACAGUUGUUAGCAGAUCAAACAAAGCUCUCGAAUAUUGGUGAGGAUAUAAAACAAAAACUGCACUAUUUCACUCAAGUGGAACAUUUAUCGCAAAGACUCAACAGUCCCACAAUGUCAGUCAACAGCGAGACAUUCUUUAAUGUAUUGGCAAAGAUUGAUGAAUGCCUGGACUAUAUGAGAAACCAUAGCAACUUCAAGGAGGCACAUACUUACUUAGUGAAAUACAGACAUCUACAAAAUAGAGGAAUAUCGCUAAUUCGCUCAUACAUUAUCCAAGUCCUGAACCAUGCCACGGAGCAAGUGUUGACUCCAGAAACCGACUCCAAUGAUCAAGAGUCAAUGGACACUGCAUAUGCUGUCUAUUUUGGCAAGUUUCAAGCAGCCGCCCCUAAAUUAAGGAUGGUUAUAAGUGAGAUUGAGAAAAGAGCAGAAACAAAUGAAGAGUACGCGUCGCUGCUGGCGGACGCGCAGCGCGAGUACGCAGGGCGCCGCAGCCGUGCGGCGGGCGGCGCGGCGGGCGCGGCGCUGCGUGCCGCCGGCCGCGACCACUGCGCCGCCCUCCGUGCGGCGUGUUCGCUGCUGGCGCUCGCGUGCCGCGACGAGUGCGCCCUCUACGCGCACUUCUUCAGCGGCCCCUCGCAGGCGCUCGACGAAUAUCUCCAAUCCCUGUGCAACGGGUUGUACGAGACACUGCGACCGCAAAUAAUACACAUCAAUCAUUUGGAAACCCUAGCGGAGCUGUGCGUCAUCUUGCGUGUGGAGGUGAUCGAGGAACAAGUGAAUAAUGACCCGGCGCUCAGGGCCCUGGGCGCGGCGGCCCGCGCGCUCCUGCAGGACGCGCAGGAGCGGCUCGUGUUCCGCGCGCACGUGCACCUGCGCCACGACGUGCUGCUCUACCGGCCGGCGCCCGGCGACCUCGCCUACCCCGACAAGCUGGAGAUGAUGGAGGUAUCGCACGGUGCCGUACGCGUUGUACCACGUGCAAUGCAAUAUGACCCGGCCGCACGAGAGUACGGAACGGGAACGCAAAUAGCGCUCUCGAUCCGAGAGCAGAGCCUGAAGCGCAGCGACUCACGCAGCUCGCCGGCGUCGGAGGGGGGUGGCGAGGCGCAGCGGCGGCCGCAGCCCUCGCCGGCCGACCUGCACGGCAUGUGGUACCCCGGGGUGAGGAGGACCCUCGCGGCCCUCUCCAGGCUCUACCGCUGCCUCGAGCGGAGGGUGUUCCAGGGGCUCGCGCAGGAGGCGAUCUCGCUGUGCGUGCGCAGCGUGGACAGCGCGGCCAAGCAGAUAGCCGCCACCAGGACCUGCAUCGACGGCGAGCUGUUCCAGAUCAAGCAUCUGCUCAUCCUGAGGGAACAGAUCGCCCCGUUCCAAGUGGACUUCGUGAUAAAGGAGACCACGCUUGACUUUAGCAACGUGAAGAACGCCGCCUACGGCUUAAUACAGCGCCCCCGGCAGAUAUUCUCCCUGAACAGCAACAACGCACUGCUAGAGUUCCUGCUAGAAGGAACCCCCAUGGUGAAGGAACAUCUUCUGGACUCUAGGAAGGAGGUGGACAGGCAGCUCAAGAACUGCUGCGAGACUUUUAUAAAGCAUGCAACGGAAAUAUUGAGCGGUCCGUUGAUAGAGUUUGUUGACAAGGCCCAAGCGUUUACACCAACAGAGCAGUUGAAAUCCCAACCGUGGGCUACACCUGAAGAAAUGGCCGUAGCAGUAAAAGAGGCGCAACGACGAAUUAAAACACAUCUUGCACCUCUCCAACGCUCUAUGCAACUGUAUUUAGCGAAUAAAGAAACAGAGUUCAUUUUAUUCAGACCUAUUAGGAAUAAUGUGGUUGGGUACUUUAUGCAAGUUGAACAAAUCCUUGCCAACACUGGAUAUUCAUAUGAAGAUAGCCUAAUUGUCGCCUGCCCUACACCAGAACAAGUAUCUGUCUUCAUAUCCUCUGCCAGUCUUAUCAGUCACAGUGAUCCAGUAUUGCCAUAUGGUAAAAAGAGAAAAACAAGCACAGUGCGCAAACCUAAUGUUUCCAACGUUCAGGAAAAUACAGAAGAAAAGACUAAUAAC